AUGGUUAUACAGGGGACCAGAAGAAGCUGCAGAGCGAGUGUUCCUUGCUCUUUAACGCUGUUCUCAUUGCUAAAAAUCAUUCCAGUACCUCAAGUCGACCUGUCUUCCUGCUCAAGAUGUCUGUGAUGGGUUCAUGCAGCUGUAGAUCCAGACCCCGGGUGAGUCUGAGCGAUACGGAGGCAGCUGCCCGCAGGAUGAGAGGCCUCGACCAGUCAGCCCCGGAGAAAACAUUAUCUGGGGAAAACUGUUGGUUCCCUUCCAACCGGAGGUCGGAGGUCAUGUCAUGUGGAGGAGAGCCUGUCCAGCUUCAGCAUGUGGCUCAAGGGCCCUUCAACAGGACGUCCACCCUGCUCAUCACGACCCUGCUGAUCUAAGACAGAACAUGAUGAAGAUGAAGAUGGCUGUUGUCUCUGAAAUCUCUCUGCUGCUGCUGUUCUGCUGCUCCGUCAUCUUCCCCACAGAGUCUCUGGCCAAUUGCAGCAGCUACGCCGCAACAGGGGAGGCCUUUGCGGUGCCUCUUGGAUACAACCUGAAAGAAAAAGAUAGAGUGAAAUGGUGGCGCGGUCCUGAUGUGAUCGUGGAACGAAAACCCGGACCACCGGGGACGAAGUACACGUUUCACAAGGGGGGCGAAAAUCAUAUUUAUCCAAAUGGAUCCCUGAAGCUAAUGAAUGUGAGCAAAUCUGAUGCGAAUGAAUACAUCCCAGCUGUUUUCAGUGCGGAUGGAAAGUCAGAACCAAAUUUAAAGAGCACCCGUUUAUGUGUAUUGGAUCGCGUCCCGCAGCCUACAUUGAACAUUGUGUGUCACAAAACCCAACUUAUUGUGACUUGCCAGGUUGCUCAGGUGACAACAAAUAAAGCAGAGAGGAAUCUCAACUUUAGUUGGUUCCACAAUAACAAUCUGUUGAAAAACAACUACGGACCAAAGCUGGUGCUUGAGCUCAAAGAUCUGAAACAAGGAAUGCAAUCCUUCAGUUGCAAAGUUUACAACCAAGUCAGCGCUUUGACCAGUCAGACUGUCUCAUCCAACUGCAACAACUUUUUUUUCACUGACUUAUGGACACUUAUCUACAUAUCCGUGGGUGGUGGUGGAGGUCUCGUUAUAAUUCUGACAAUCAUCGUCAUCGCUUGCUGUGUCCGGGCCAAACGGAAAAAAAGAAUGCAAAAGACUGAUGAGGAGGAGCUCCGUCUCAGGUGGGCCAACCCUGAGCAACGGCAGCAACAUGAAUGUCCUCAGCAUGGCCAUCCUACCAGUCACCAGCGCCAGCACCAGCACCAGCAGCAACCGGCCGGCCACACUGGUCCUCGCCAACAUCGCUCCAAACAGCACCGUGAGCAGCAGCAUCGUCCCAGAGCCCAAGAGUCCACUCCCCCUCCCCCUCCCCCUCAGCCGGGCCCCAGGAGAGCCGCACAGACCACAAAAGCAGAGGUUAACGGGGAUGACGAGAAGCCUCCUCCUCUUCCUCAGCCCAGGACGAAAACUCCCAGAACUAGACAAGUGUGACGUGAGUGUGUUAAUGACUCAGCAAAGAAAAAUGGAAUUUAGUCCUGUUCAUGUUUUUGGCGCAGUUGUGGUUAUCAUCAAGUUGUUUAUCGUCUCGAAAAGUAGAAGAGGUUCUAUUGAAUAUGACUCUGUUGAACAAUGUUUGCGCUUUGGUUUUAUUUUCAUAUGUUAUUUUUUGUAUUUAUUUUAUGUAAAAGUGUUACCGGAACACAACUUUUAACUUUUUUUUUAAACCAAUUCUUAAUUAUCAGAACUGUAUUAUAUGCUCAGUGUAUAACAUCUGUUUUUAUUUUUAUUCUCUUCUCCUCUGUCUCACAGAGGAAAGACUCCACGAUGAAACAGAUUUGAUUAUGAAGUUUAAUUAUUACAAAACAAUGAGACAUUCAUGUUUUAAUCAUCAUGUUUUCAUUUAAUUCCUUAAUACAUUUUAAUUGGGCUUUAAUAUCUAAAAACAACACAGAGCAAAAGUCAUUGGGUUAUUGUCUUAACAUUAAUUGCAUAUUUACAGAAUUGAGUUUGUCGACUUCUUUGCUCUCUUACCAAAGUUAAGCAGCCACAAGAAAUUGUAUAUUUUAAAUGUUUUUACUGUCACAACCACAACUAGCAGCCUUUACGUACAUUUGAAACAAAUCCUAACUUUUCUAUUCUACUGUUUGUUUUUGACAAAUACAUGAAAAUUACUCGUCUAACGAAAUUUACUUUUUGCCUCUUAACACAUCUGUACCUGCUUAUUAUCAUGGAUUUAUAUUGAGAAACUGUGCAGUGACAUUUAAAAAAAAAAAAAAUCCUGUGACUUUUCUAGUGAAGUGAACACUGUAAACUGAAAUGUUUCAAACAGCUUCGUUUGUGCUGCUGACAUUUUUCACGGCGGAAGAAGCGUGUUAGUGUGUGUGUCACUCACAUAUCCUGUCUUUUUUACAAAAAUGUCUGUGUGGUUUUGAGGGUUGGCUGCAGAGUGCAAGAUUAUUAUCGUGUGUGUGUGUGUGUGUGUGUGUGUGUGUGUGUGUUUCGACCAGAUCUUUUCCUUUACUUGCAGUUUUACAACAGAAAUAGAUUUUCUGAGGUGAUCUCAUGAUAUUUCGUCAUUUUAAACUCAACUUUUGUUCUAGGCCACACACACGCUGCUGCUAAUACUGUGCUCUUGUCAGAAAACUGUUUCACAAGAGGAGAAUAUUAGGGAUGUGUGUAAAAUGCAAAACUCAUUAUGGCUUUUAUUGUGUUUCGCUUCUUAUGUAGCUCAUUUAUUUUAAGAUUAAUGCGACAUGGCUGCUGGAAUGCUGCAAUUUCCCACUGGGAUUCAUUAAUGAGGUUUUUUCUUUUGCAGGAGAAACUGGUACUACAGAGAUUAUUGUAGCUGCAUGGAUGGAUGGAUGCAAAGAUGGAUGGAUGAUGGAUGGAUGGCUUUAAAAAAAAGGAAGAUGCAUAGGGUAAAAAUAUCCACUCAAGCUGAGAAAAAAAAAGGAUUCUGUAUUUUUCUACUGCAACCACUAGAUGUCGCUCUAGCUCCUAAAAUUUGAUUUUAAAGCAUAGACCUGAUUUUUUUCCCCCUUGCGUCUCCUUUGUUUUAUCUU